CCCGUGUUCGUUUCAGUUCCAGCAUCAGUUGUUAGUGUUGGCGGUGAGUACAAAGUGAUCGAGAACAAUUCACUUGUGCUGCCUUGUGAAGCUGAAGGAUACCCUCCGCCACAAAUUACAUGGACGAAAAAAUUUCUCAAAAUGAACCAUUCAGCACGUCCGGUAGUGGCGCAAGCAGCAAGGGAGGUCAUUGAAGUGAUCAAAAACGAAUCAGCCGUAUUCAAAUGCCCGAUUAAGGAUCGCAGAUUCAUUGGUCAAAUAUCAUGGUAA